GGGAGGGCCACUUCAAGUUCCAGGAAGAUUAACCUGAGCACCUGUGUGAUUCACAGCAAAGUGCAUGGAGCAAAGGACUGCACUGCUCCACGUCAGAGGAAAACAUGCAGAGCAUAAGCUCUCCGAGAGGCCGGGUCCUCUCAGAGGACCAGUUCAGCUGCUCCAUCUGCCUGGAGGUGUUCGUGGAGCCCGUCUCCACACCUUGCGGCCACAGCUUCUGCAAGGCGUGCCUGCAGGGCUACUGGAACCACAGCAAGAAGUUCUCCUGCCCCAUGUGUAAGAAGAGCUACUCCAAAAAACCUGAGAUGAGUGUUAACAGGGUCCUGGCUGAAAUAUCUUCCCAGUUUCAGGGGCUGAUGAUGGCUGGAGGGGCUGGAGGGGCUGGAGGGGCUGGAGGGGAUGGCGGGGCCGCCUCACGGGGAUCCACACUGAAUCUGAGCUCAGACACAGGCCACAGUGGCUCUCCAAGGCCUAAUACUGGAGAGUUCGCCCGGGCUGGGGAGGUUCCCUGUGAUGCCUGUAUUGGGAGGAAGUUAAAGGCACUCAAGUCUUGUGUGAACUGCCCUGGGUCAUUCUGUGAGACCCACCUAAGGCAUCAUAAAAAGGUGAAGUCUUUGUCCUCUCAUCGUCUGAUCGAACCCACUUUCCACCUGGAGGAGAAGAUCUGUAAGAAGCACGAACGGCUUCUGGAUGUCUACUGCCGCACCGACCACACCUGCAUCUGCAUGGCCUGUGCCGAGGCCACGCACAAAUCCCAUGACAUCGUCUCCACUGACCAUGAGUGGAAGAAGAAGAUGACUAAUCUGGGAAAGAAGAGGUCGGAGCUGAAACAUCUGAUCAAGGAGAGAGCCAAGAAACUGGAGGAGAUCAAACAAUCCAUCAAGGUCAUCAAGGCCAGUGCUCAGAAGGAGUUGGAGGACAGCUGGCAGGUGUACGCCGAGCUGCAGCGUCUGGUGGAGCAGAGUCAGGCGGAGCUGGUGGAGCUGAUCGCCAUGCGGCAACGUGAGGCGGAGCAUCACGCUCAGGAACUGGCUCGAGGUUUGGAGAACGAACUGAGCCAGCUCAGGAGGAGGAGCAGCGAGCUGGAAGUGUACGCACAGAUCCAGGACAAAGUGGUCUUCCUUCAGAAUCUGGCGACUUUGCCACCCCCGCCCGAGCCCACCGAUUGGUCGGCGGUCAGCAUCAACACUGACCUCUACCUGGUAACCAUCCGCUCCUCCGUCAGCAGCCUCAUGGACAAGUUCCAGGAGGAGCUUAAAAGACUGUACGGGAAAGAACUCAGGAAGGUGCAAAACUACUCAAGUGAGGUGAUUUUGGACCCUGCCACGGCCCAGAGGAACCUGGUGGUGUCUGACGACGGUCGCCAGGCACAGCUGAAGAAGACAGAAAUAGAUGUCCAGCAGAUGAUCCAGGACAGAGUGAAAAAGGUGGAGGAGAUCAAACACUCUGUGGAGCUCAACACAGCCAGUGCUCAGAGAGAGAUCGAUGAAAGCAUUCAGGUUUUCUCGGAGCUUGUGCGCUCCAUCCAGAGGACUCAAGCUGAGCUGGUUUUGGCUAUCGAGGAGAAGCAGAGGCAGACGGAGAGGUGGGCCGAAGGCCUCGUCUCUGAACUGGAGCAGGAAAUCUCUGAGCUGAAGAGGAGGAAUACGGACCUGGAAAAUGUGGCUCGGACCGACCACAUUCAUUUCUUAAAGAGCUUCCCAGCCCUUAGCACUCCUCCAUCUGUUAAAGACUGGUCUGAGAUCAGUGUUCCCACUGACAUGUGUGUUGGUAUGAUCAGGAGAUCCGUGUCCAAACUGGAGCCAAUGUUACAUGAAAUGAUUGACAAACUGGCUGAGAGUGAGAUCAAAAAGAUUCUGAAACAUACAGCGGAUGUUACUCUGGACCCUGACACAGCCAAUCCGUGGUUGCAGCUUUCGCAGGACAGACAUCAGGUGAGACACCUUGGAGCGUGGCAGGACCUCCCAGACCACCCUGACCGCUUUGACACGGUGGUCAUCGUCCUGGGUCGUGAGGGCUUCACCUCAGGGAGACAUUACUGGGAGGUCCAGGUGGGGGACAAGGAUGACUGGUACCUGGGAGUAGCCAGGUCUUCUGUCAACAGAAAGGGAAGGAUCUCUGUAAGCACCACUCAAGGCUACUGGGCUCUGGCCAUGAAGAAAGGCCAGGGGUACCGGGUGUCAACGUCUCCACCAUUACUGCUCCCCCUCAACCCCAAGCUCAAGCGAGUGGGUGUGUAUGUGGACUACGAGGAGGGGCAAGUGUCGUUUUAUGACGUGAGAGCUCUGACCCAUAUUUACACAUUCAAAGAUAUGUUCACAGAGAAGAUUCUGCCUUUUUUCUACCUGUACUGCUGUGACAAAGCCUCUGAUACCAUCAUGAUCUGCCCUGUGAACGAGAAAAACCUGAUCAAGCAAAGCUAAGGACAAGACAGUAAAAACAACACUGAAAAGCCCUUGAUGAAAGUUAAAACAGACUGUAUUUUGCGGUAGACGUACCUAAAAUCCUGUGUUUUAUGUAUAUUUAUUACAUCUGUAAUGUAGCUCAACAAAUAUAUUAAUUGUAUUCAUAUCAGCUCAUGGACG